AUGCUACGACCGAAUUUUAUUCUCGCGAUCUUGAUAGCCUUGAGCUUUCUCUUUGAUAGAGCUCAAGCAGUAUUCGGACUCCGUCCAGGAAUGUUUCGAGGAGAAGUCAUCGGCUAUGCAUCAGUUUUGGAAGACGAGGCUAUACGCAUCAAUCAAAACAAUAAGCCAUUUGUGGAGAACCCCACACGCCAAGCUCAAUUAGGAGAAGGUUUUUAUAUGGUAAGCAGGCCUGGUAUCUGGAGAGGUAUAGAAGGAGCGUGGUAUUGUGCUGUCAGGGCGAAUACGGAGAAGAUGAAAGGAAUCGACAAAAUCUACAUCCCGGAAUAUUAUCGGGCAGUGCCUUCGAAUAAACGGCAAAGGUUAUAUAGCCAAGGCGAAGAUGUUAUCAUGGAAUACCUCGCGUCAGAGGACUUAUUAACACCUGGGGAAGCGCUGCGCUUUGGACCGAUUUUAGGUUCUCAUUCGCAAUUGCAGAUGCUUAUUCCAACGACAGUGAUAAAUGACGAUAAGUUGAGCCUAUGGGCUAAAUGCUUUAAGUCGGAAUUUGAGCUGAGGGAAUAUACGAACGAGGAAAUUGAUUGGCAACAUAGGGAAGAUUGGGAGAUUAAAGGAAUACCGGUACCUGAGUAG